AUCUCUCUUUGCUCCACGAUCUCCCUCUCCCUCAGGCCGGCAAUAGGCCGGUUGGCCUGGCUUGGCCUGAGGGGCCGGCCUAAGCCACCGACGAGGGCGAAACUAGGGUUAGUGGCGCCGCGGUGCUAUUGGCCCAGCUUUUGUAUUUUUUUGUUUUAUUUUUAUUUAAAGUUUUGCUAUUAGUUUUAGCCGGGCUCACGCCACGGCCCGCCCGUUGCCAUCCCUGACUGCUUUCUCCUUUCUGCUCUCUCUCUCUCUCUUACCCUGUGCGAGCAACCCCUCUCUCCUCUCUCUCUCUCCACGAAAACGCCUUUCCCCUUACUCUCCACAUUUUCAGCCGCUCACUCUCCCUCUUCUCUCUCUCUCUCUCUCUCUCUCUCACACACACACACACACAAAUUUCAGCUGCUGUAUCAAUCCGUCAAGAUCAAAAGCAACAACAUUCAAACCAGGAAAACAUUACCUUGAGAAUCCAGAGAGAAAAAAAAGAACUCCAUAUUUCUGCAAAUCACAAAUUUGAAGAGCAAGAAACCAACAAUCUCGAAAUCAGCAAACUCUUAUGAAAAUUGCAAUGGCUGUACAGAGAAGACAUAGGGUUUUGAUGGUCUCCGAUUUCUUUUACCCCAAUUUUGGUGGUGUCGAGAAUCACUUAUAUUAUCUCUCUCAAUGCUUGCUUGAGCUUGGUCACAAGGUUGUGGUUAUGACCCAUGCAUAUGGAACACGUACAGGGGUCCGAUACAUGACAGGUGGUUUGAAAGUCUACUAUGUGCCAUGGAAGCCUUUUCUUAUGCAAAAUACAUUGCCUACAAUUUAUGGCACAUUUCCUAUUGUUAGGACAAUCCUAAUAAGAGAGAAGAUAUCUGUGGUUCAUGGCCACCAAGCUUUCUCAACUCUCUGCCAUGAAGCCUUAAUGCAUGCAAGGAUUAUGGGCUACAAAGUUGUUUUCACUGAUCAUUCGCUCUAUGGUUUUGCUGAUGUUGGAAGCAUCCAUAUGAAUAAGGUGCUUCAAUUUACUUUGUCAGAUGUGAACCAGGCUAUUUGUGUUUCUCAUACUAGCAAGGAAAACACAGUCUUGCGCUCGGGUUUGCCCCCUGAAAAAGUUUUCAUGAUACCAAAUGCAGUAGAUGCGGCCAUGUUUAAGCCAGCUGAGACUCGUCUAAGCCGUGAAGAAAUUGUAAUUGUUGUGAUAAGUAGAUUGGUUUAUCGGAAAGGUGCAGACCUUCUUGUGGAGGUCAUCCCUGAAGUUUGUCGUUUAUACCCAAAUGUUCGUUUUAUCAUUGGUGGAGAUGGACCAAAACGAGUGCGGCUGGAGGAGAUGAGAGAGAAGAAUUCUCUUCAAGACAGAGUUGAGAUGUUGGGGGCUGUGCCUCAUGUGCAAGUGCGAUCUGUCCUUAUCCGUGGGCACAUUUUUUUGAACAGUUCCCUCACGGAGGCUUUUUGCAUAGCCAUAUUGGAGGCUGCUUGUUGUGGCUUGUUGACUGUAAGCACACGAGUAGGAGGUGUUCCAGAGGUUUUACCAGAGGACAUUAUUGUUCUUGCAGAGCCAGUACCCAAUGAUAUGGUUCAAGCUAUUGGGAAAGCCAUACGAUUGCUUCCUAAGAUUGAUCCACAGGUUAUGCAUGACCGAAUGAAAAGCCUGUACAGUUGGCAUGAUGUGGCGAGAAGAACAGAGCUAGUGUAUGAUUGUGCCUUAAGUUGCUCUGAUGAGAAUCUUCUGGUGCGGCUUUCACGGUAUUUCGCUUGUGGUGUGUGGGCUGGCAAGCUAUUUUGCUUGGUCAUGACACUAGAUUACUUGUUAUGGCAUCUCUUAGAACUUUGGCAGCCUUCAAAAGAUAUAGAGGAAGUCCCUGAUAUAGCAUCUGAAAGUUUACAUGAAGAGAUGCCAUGGAGUGUUGAAACGGAGGCAAUAUAGGGUGGUAUGGAAGAUGACACCCUCUAUUUUAUUAAUUAGAUGGUUUGGGAGAUGACACCCUCAAUUUUAUUAAUUUAGCUUUUGGGUCUUUUCCCUGUAAAUGUCCUGAUGGUUAGUUGAGGCAUUUUUUGAGAAGUGAAUGAAUAUGUUACAUUGUUCUUUAAAAUGCAAUAGAGAAUGAUUUUUAGUUUCUUUUGCAUGCUCAUUAGUUUGAGAAAACAAUGAAUGGUGAGAAUUGUUGAUGUGUUUUGUUUUCUAUGGUGGAACGCCAUUUAUCAUUGGAAUAAGGAAGUUAUGAUCAAAUCCUAACUGUAAGAUGUCAAAUCAGACAGUUUUGGUGUGUCAUAAAGUUCAAGAAA